AUGGCGGCGAGAAAUGCUCUGAUUCGACACCUUAGAGUCUACGUCAAAGCAUCACUUCUAAAGCAUAACAUUGGCGCUCGAGAAUCUGCUCUCCCUUUCACCGUUCUUCUUCGCCGUUUCUCCGACGAAGUUAGAGGAUCGUUUCUAGACAAAUCUGAUGUCACAGAUCGCGUUAUCUCAGUCCUCAAAAACUUUCAAAGAGUCGAUCCCUCAAAGUGCACAUCUCAGAGCUCGUCUUUUCAUCAAGUCAGGGAAAACAGUUUACACUUCUCUCCUCCACCUUUUGGCAGGGACACCAUUGCUGAUAUAGCAGCAAUGGUUGGUCCCUCCAUUGUGGAGAUUGAUGUUUCAGAAAGGGACUUCUGGAGGGCCUCUUUUCGAUAUGGAUGGCAAGAUCAUAGGAAUUAA